AUGAUCAUAAAGGAAUACCGGAUCCCUCUGCCGAUGACCGUGGAGGAGUACCGCAUUGCCCAGCUGUACAUGAUCCAGAAGAAGAGCCGCAACGAGACGUUUGGGGAAGGCAGUGGCGUGGAGAUCCUGGAGAACCGGCCCUACUCGGAUGGGCCUGGUGGCUCCGGGCAGUACACGCACAAGGUGUACCAUGUGGGCAUGCACAUCCCGGGCUGGUUCCGCUCCAUCCUGCCCAAGGCGGCCCUGCGGGUGGUAGAGGAGUCCUGGAAUGCCUACCCCUACACCCGGACCAGGUUCACAUGCCCUUUUGUGGAGAAAUUCUCCAUCGACAUCGAGACCUUUUAUAAAACCGAUGCUGGAGAAAACUCCAAUGUGUUCAGCCUGUCUCCUGUGGAAAAGAGCCAGCUGAUGAUCGACUUCAUCGACAUUGUCAAGGACUCAGUGCCUCCCAGUGAGUACAAGACAGAAGAGGACCCCAAGCUGUUCCAGUCCACCAAGACCCAGCGGGGCCCCCUGUCUGACAACUGGAUCGAGGAGUACAAGAAGCACGUGUUCCCCAUCAUGUGCGCCUACAAGCUGUGCAAGGUGGAGUUCCGCUACUGGGGCAUGCAGUCCAAGAUCGAGAGGUUCAUCCACGACACUGGCCUGCGGAGGGUGAUGGUGCGGGCCCACAGGCAGGCCUGGUGCUGGCAGGAUGAGUGGUUUGGGCUAAGCAUGGACAACAUCCGGGAGCUGGAGAAGGAGGCUCAGCUCGUGCUGUCCCGGAAGAUGGCCCACUUCAGUGAGGAUGAGGAGGCCACAGAGCUCGCCAAGGAUGCCAAUGCCCAGGACCAGAUCUCCGGGGAGCCCACUGAGCCCAGCAGCAGCAAUGGGGAGACCCUGGCUGGACGGGGCCUCAAGAAGCAGUGGUCCACGUCUUCCAAGUCGUCCAGGUCAUCCAAGCGAGGAGCGAGUCCUUCUCGCCACAGCAUCUCGGAGUGGAGGAUGCAGAGCAUUGCCAGAGACUCUGACGAGAGCUCCGACGAUGAGUUCUUCGAUGCCCAUGAGGACUUGUCAGACUCAGAGGACAUAUUCCCCAAGGACAUCAGCAAGUGGAACUCCAAUGACCUCAUGGACAAGAUUGAAAGCCCAGAGCCAGAGGACACGCCAGACGGAGUGUACCAGCAGAGCACUCGGGGGUUCAGGGUCGCCUCCAGUGUGGAACAGCUGAACAUCAUCGAGGAUGAAGUCAGCCAGCCGCUGGCCGUGCCCCCCUCCAAGGUGCAUGUGCUGCUACUCGUGCUGCACGGGGGUACCAUCCUGGACACGGGCGCAGGGGACCCCAGCUCCAAGCAGGGUGACACCAACACCCUGGCCACGGUGUUCGACACGGUCAUGCGCGUGCACUACCCCAGUGCCCUGGGCCAUCUGGCCAUCCGCCUGGUGCCCUGCCCACCCAUCUGCUCCGACGCCUUUGCCCUGGUCUCCAACCUCAGCCCCUACAGCCACGAUGAGGGCUGUCUGUCCAGCAGCCAGGACCACAUCCCGCUGGCCGCGCUGCCCCUGCUGGCCACCUCCUCGCCCCAGUAUCAGGAGGCGGUUGCCACAGUAAUCCAGCGGGCCAACCUCGUCUACGGGGACUUCAUCAGGUCACAGGAGGGCGUGACCUUCAGUGGGCAGGUCUGCCUGAUCGGGGACUGCGUCGGGGGCAUCCUCGCCUUCGACGCCCUGUGCCACAGCAGCCAGGCGGUGUCCGAGAGCCGGAGCAGCAGCCGCCGGGGCAGUGUGGUGAGCGUGCAGGACAGUGACCUGCUGUCCCCGGGCAUUCUGGUGAACGCGGCGCACUGCUCUGGCAGUGGCAGUGGCAGCGGAGGCUCUGCCCUGGAGGGCACACGGCACCUGAGCCGCAGCAACGUGGACAUCCCCCGCAGCAAUGGCGGGGACGAGCCCAAGAGGCAGCUGCCUCGAAAAAGGAGUGACUCAUCCACCUAUGAGCUGGACACCAUCCAGCAGCACCAGGCCUUCCUGUCCAGCCUCCAUGCCAGUGUGCUGAGGACAGAGCCCGGUGCCCGCCGUGCCAGCAGCGCAGCCCUACUGGAAGGGGCAGGGGCCCUGGGCAGGUUCGACUUUGAGAUCGCUGACCUCUUCCUGUUCGGGUGCCCGCUGGGGCUGGUCCUGGCCCUGAGGAAGACCGUCAUCCCCGCCCUGGACGUGUUCCAGCUGCGCCCCGCCUGCCAGCAACUUUACAACCUGUUCCACCCCGCUGACCCGUCCGCCUCCCGCCUCGAGCCACUGCUGGAGCGCCGCUUCCAUGCGCUGCCGCCUUUCAGCAUCCCGCGCUACCAGCGCUACCCGCUGGGGGACGGCUGCUCCACGCUGCUGGCGGACGCCCUCCAGAGCCACACUUCUGUCUUCCAAGAGCCCGCUGCCCCCUCCUCGCCCAGCACAGCGCCCCCCAGCCGUGGUUUCCGCCGAGCCAGCGAGAUCAGCAUCGCCAGCCAGGUGUCCGGUGUGGUGGAGAGCUACGCAGCGUCCAGCAUCGCCCAGAAGGCCCCAGCGGCGCUCUGCCACACCCCCAGCGUCAGGCGCCUGUCCCUGCUCGCCUUGCCCCCCCAGCCCCCCACAAGCCCCAGCCCCCAUCCUCAGGCUGGGCAGCCGAGCCCCAGCCUGGAGCAGGUCUCCUGCCUUCCAGACUUGGACAUCAGAGAAGUCGCAGCCAAGUGGUGGGGCCAGAAGCGGAUCGACUACGCGCUGUACUGCCCAGACGCCCUGACAGCCUUCCCUACCGUGGCCCUGCCCCACCUGUUCCACGCCAGCUACUGGGAGUCCACAGACGUGGUCUCCUUCCUGCUCAGACAGGUCAUGCGGCAUGACACCUCCAGUGUCUUGGAGCUGGAUGGCAAGGAGGUGUCCGUGUUCACCCCCUCCAAGCCACGUGAGAAGUGGCAGCGCAAGAGGACCCACGUGAAGCUACGGAAUGUGACAGCCAAUCACCGGAUCAACGACGCUGUGGCCAACGAGGAUGGCCCACAAGUGGUGACAGGCCGGUUCAUGUACGGGCCCCUGGACAUGGUCACCUUGACAGGGGAGAAGGUGGAUGUGCACAUCAUGACGCAGCCGCCCUCAGGGGAGUGGCUGUACCUGGACACCCUGGUGACUAACAGCAGUGGCCGUGUCUCCUACACCCUCCCUGAGACCCAUCGCCUGGGUGUGGGCGUCUACCCCAUCAAGAUGGUGGUCAGGGGGGACCACACGUUCGCUGACAGCUACAUCAGUGUGCUGCCCAAGGGCACGGAGUUUGUGGUCUUCAGCAUUGAUGGUUCAUUUGCGGCCAGUGUGUCCAUUAUGGGCAGUGACCCCAAGGUGCGGGCCGGGGCUGUGGACGUGGUGCGGCACUGGCAGGACCUGGGCUACCUCAUCAUCUAUGUCACGGGCCGGCCAGACAUGCAGAAGCAGCGGGUGGUGGCCUGGCUGGCCCAGCACAACUUCCCCCACGGUGUGGUGUCCUUCUGUGACGGCCUGGUGCACGACCCGCUGCGGCACAAGGCCAAUUUCCUGAAGCUGCUCAUCUCCGAGCUGCACCUGCGCGUACAUGCGGCCUACGGCUCCACCAAGGACGUAGCGGUCUACAGCGCCAUCAGCCUGUCCCCCAUGCAGAUCUACAUAGUGGGGCGCCCCACCAAGAAGCUGCAGCACCAGUGCCAGUUCAUCACAGACGGCUACGCGGCCCACCUGGCGCAGCUCAAGUACAACCACCGGGCGCGGCCGGCCCGCAACGCCGCCACGCGCAUGGCGCUCCGCAAGGGCAGCUUCGGCCUGCCGGGCCCCGCCGACUUCCUGCGCUCCCGCAACCACCUGCUCCGCACCAUCUCGGCGCAGCCGGGCAGCGCUGGCCUCCGGCACGAGCGGACGCAGAGCCAGACGGCGGGCGAGCAGCGCGGACAGCGCAGCAUGAGCGUGGCCGCCGGCUGCUGGGGCCGGGCAGUGGCCGGCCGCCUCGAGCCCAGCGCGCCCGCCGGCCCCAAGUAG